AUGUCAGACAGCGAACCGCUUGACAGGAAACCCAAUGCUCCAGGAUGGGUCCCACCACGUGAAGGAUCCAAUUACAAUCCCUAUGACCCUCUAGAACAAAGACCUCCACAGGGAUAUCCUAGUGAGUUUAAAACACCAGGUAAGAAACCAACGUUUGGCUCUAUACCAAAAGAUGCUACUCAGUACCAGCAUAUGAAGGAAACAAUACAAAGGUUACAGUAUACACCUAGGCCCAAAAGUCAGCUAUACCCUGGUCAGUAUAAAGUGUUGAGACGAGUAAACAAUUAUUCAAGAUUUCAAAAAGGUGCUUUAAGUACUGGUAAAUUUUUGACUAUUGGUAUCGGAUUAUACUCAGUUUUCUUUUACAGGUGGAAUGAUGGUUAUGAUAAUGUUUUCAGUGAUUUUUAUAGGAUGAGAUUACGUAUAAAAUACAUAGUCAACGGUGGUUUAAGUGAACAAGAAUUAGAAGACUUGAAACCUAAACAGAGAGGAUUCGUCGAUAGACCAAAAGCUGUUGUCGCUGAAGGUGAAGACCCAAUCAAACCUAAGGAACUACCAAAGGAAAGUGAAUAUUUGAAAGAAAGACCAAGUGAUAGACAUUUAAUGGAGGCACAAAUGAUUGUUCAAGACCGGGAAGAACGUUUGAUGAGAGCACUUGAUAUAGCACAUGAACAGAUAUCUAAAGGAAAUAUUGAGUCAACUGCACCUAAGAAGAAAUUGUUUGGAAUCUUUUGA